AUGGGGUGCGGCAGCAGCCAACCCGAACAAGAGCGCCGACCUCGCCAGGUGACAAUCGGAGCACCCCAGGAUGUCAUGAUACAUAUUCCUCGCAACCGCACCGAUCGCUACGGAGCUCCGACGCAGCAAGUGACUCAAGAGGUUGAUCGAGAUACUCUAAUCGCAGCCCUCCACCACGUCUCGGACUUCAUCGCGCUCCAGAGGCAGCAUAUCACCGUGAUAGCUGUUGGGGGAGCAGUCAACACUCUGUUCCUUCGAUCCCGGCUGAUCACUCACGAUGUGGACGUUUUCGGCUCUGACUUUUCCAACCAAGGGCGUGUCCUGUUGGACCGCGCUAUGCACGAUGCUCGGCAGAGGUUCCGUGCCCUUGGAACCGACUGGCUCAAUACCGAGACACAAAUGUGGAUGCCUGGACCUCUGCAUCAAGAACUCACUGCAGGAGCCAGGAGGCAGAACGUCAAGGUCUUUGACGGGGCGGGCCUCACCAUCCUCGCUGCACCGUGGGAGUAUGCUUUUUCUGCCAAGAUCAAUCGCAUCCUCACGGGCGGUGCCCAACGUCGGCCGUAUGAUCUCGCAGACGCUGCUACCUACAUUCACGAGUAUAUUCGCAGCCAUGGUAAUGCAUCGAUCCCUGUCGCGACGGCUCGGGGGUGGGCUAAACACUAUCACCACGAGACGAAUGACAACAUCCUUCGAACUCAAGUGAACUAG